AUGAGUUUCCAGACCAGAUUUAUCGGCAGCAACGUGCUCACCAACGAGCUCGGCCCCGACGUCAAGGAAAUGACGCUCGAGUUCAAAGAGGGCGAACCCAUCAUGAUUCCCCAGGACGCCACCGGCACGGUCAAGGGCGAAUGCUACGAAAUCCUCGUCACCUUCCUAAACGGGACUUUGCGCCGCUACAACGCCAUGAACGACUACACCUUCAAGGAGCAUGUUGCGUCCAAGGCAACCAUGCGUGAAGGCCACACCCGUGUUUCCAUCAUUGGCGACUCUGGAGUUGGAGGCAAUUUCGAGCUCGUCACCCGCUCUGCGUAA